AACCCCACUGUGUCUAAGCACCACACUUCACCGUCCACUCACUGUGUGAUUUCAUUUCCUGACUGUUGUGAAAAGAUAUUCAUGGGAUGAGCAAGUGUCCCUGUGGCUAGAUUACAUCUUCUGAGUGUGCAGCCAGAAUGGUACAGCUGGCUCAUAUGAUCAUCUUGCUAAUCCCUUACCAGAUCUGCUGAGGAGAACAUCUUGCUUCCCUUUGUUCUGUUUAUACCUCAUCUCUCACCAUGAUGAUGGGGCCACAUUGAAGUGAGGCCUGGCAUAAAGACAUGUGGAAAAUGAAAGGGCUGAAGAGGAAGUGGGGAGCAACACCAGGUGCAGCGACGACCAGCACAGCCAUGGACAAAGAAUAUGUGGGUUUCGCUGCCCUCCCCAACCAGCUGCACCGCAAGUCUGUCAAGAAGGGAUUUGACUUCACACUCAUGGUGGCAGGGGAGUCAGGCCUCGGGAAAUCCACCCUCAUCAACAGCUUGUUCCUCACCAACCUCUACGAAGAUCGGCAGGUGCCAGAUGCCAGUGCUCGCACCACACAAACUCUGACCAUUGAGCGCCGGGGUGUGGAGAUCGAGGAAGGAGGGAUCAAGGUGAAGCUGACCUUAGUGGACACACCUGGCUUUGGGGACUCCGUGGACUGCUCAGACUGCUGGCUCCCUGUGGUCCGAUUCAUUGAGGAGCAAUUUGAGCAAUACCUCAGGGAUGAGAGCGGCCUCAACAGGAAGAACAUCCAGGACUCCAGAGUCCACUGCUGCCUCUACUUCAUCUCACCUUUUGGCAGAGGGCUUCGGCCCCUGGACGUGGCUUUCCUCCGGGCAGUGCACGAAAAGGUCAAUGUUAUCCCAGUCAUUGGCAAAGCAGACGCCCUGAUGCCUAGGGAAACUCAGGUCCUCAAGCAGAAGAUCCGGGACCAGUUGAAGGAGGAGGAGAUCAACAUCUACCAGUUCCCAGAAUGUGACUCUGACGAGGAUGAAGAAUUCAAGAGGCAGAAUGAAGAGAUGAAGGGAAGCAUUCCUUUCGCUGUCGUUGGUUCUUGUGAAGUGGUGAGGGACGGCGGAACCCGACCAGUGAGGGGACGCCGCUACUCCUGGGGUACCGUGGAGGUGGAGAACCCACAUCACUGCGAUUUCCUGAACCUGAGGCGGAUGCUGGUACAGACCCACCUUCAGGACUUGAAAGAGGUGACCCACGAUCUGCUCUACGAGGGCUAUCGGGCUCGCUGCCUACAGAGUCUGGCUCGACCUGGGGCCCGGGAUCGAGCCAGCCGCAGCAAGCUUUCCCGGCAGAGUGCCACAGAGAUCCCGCUGCCCAUGCUGCCUCUGGCUGACACUGAGAAGUUGAUUCGCGAGAAAGACGAAGAGCUGCGCCGCAUGCAAGAAAUGCUGGAGAAGAUGCAAGCUCAGAUGCAGCAGAGCCAGGCUCAGGGCGAGCAGUCAGAUUCUCUGUGAGAUCCUCAGCGCCACCUAACCUGGGUUAGGCGCUCUCCGCCAAUCUCCAGUCCCAUCCCGCCUUUAGACUGCCCAGCGCCAAAUCCUGAGACCCAGAGGGUAGGCCUGCCCUUGCACUUGAAACAAGUUGCUCCAAUCCGGAAGUUCGUUGCCUCCCUCCACUCCACCUUUCUAGCUGUUCUGAAGGGCCACCCUCCAACUCCUGAUGACGGGUUCCCCUUAGAAUACCCUAUUCCUCUAAGUUCUCCAUCUAAUAAAAACUGCUUCCCCAACACCA